ACAGCGGUGCCGCUGCCUCGUGGUGAUGCGGUGGUGGCCGUGCCGUAGGUGACACCGCGGUGCCAUCGCAGUGAGGUGACCCCGGCCCCGCUGCCAUCCCCACCGGAUGUGCAGCAGCAGCGGGUGGCACGCGGCUGCCACCCACCACCACCGCUCCAGCCCCAUGCUGGUGCCACCAGCCACCGCGUCCCCGCUUCUGCCAGCCCUGCAGCACCGCUGUCACUGUGGCUGAGGAAGCCACCGAGUGUCCCCUGCCCCUGCACUGUGCGUGCACCCACGUCACCCUGGCUUGGCUGCAGCAGGGAGGUCACCAGGCACAGGAGGGGACCCGUGGGGCCAGCGGGACGCAUGGGGACGGGGCAGUGCCCGGGGUGGAGCUGAGGAGGAGCCGUCCCUCGCCCCGCUAUAUCAGGCCCGCGCACGGCAUCGCGCUCUCUUCGCCGCUGUCACAUCGCCGGGUCGCAGCAAUGACGACUUACACGGACAAGGGAGAAAAGCCCCUGCGAGGCCGCUUCAUCCACUUCCACUCCAUCACCUUCUGGGUGGGGAAUGCCAAGCAGGCUGCCUCGUAUUACUGCAACAAGCUGGGCUUCGAGGAGCUGGCGUACCGGGGGCUGGAGACGGGCAGCCGGGAGGUGGUGUCACACGUCAUCAAGCAGGACAAGAUCGUGUUCGUUCUCUCGUCCGCGCUCAACCCGGGGAAUGAGGAGAUGGGCGAGCACCUGGUGAAGCACGGGGAUGGGGUGAAGGACGUGGCCUUCGAAGUGGAGGACUGCGACUUCAUUGUGAAGAAAGCCAAGGAGCGCGGAGCCGUGGUGGUGAAGGAGCCCUGGGUGGAGGAGGACAAGUUCGGGAAGGUGAAGUUCGCCGUCAUCCAGACGUACGGCGACACCACCCACACCUUGAUAGAGAAGCUCAACUACAAGGGGCUCUUCCUGCCCGGGUACCACGCGCCCCUCUUCAAGGACCCUCUGCUGCCCAGGCUGCCGAGCGCCAAACUGAGCUUUGUGGACCAUGUGGUGGGGAACCAGCCUGACCUCCAGAUGGUCCCGGUGGCCGACUGGUACCAGAAGAACCUCCUCUUCCACCGCUUCUGGUCGGUGGACGACAAGCAGCUGCACACCGAGUUCAGCGCCCUGCGCUCCAUCGUGGUCACCAACUACGAGGAGACCAUUAAGAUGCCCAUCAACGAGCCGGCGUUCGGCAAGAAGAAAUCCCAGAUUCAGGAAUACAUCGACUACUACGGAGGGGCCGGAGUCCAGCACAUCGCGCUGAACACCUCCGACAUCAUCUCGGCGAUCACCAACCUGAAGCAGCGCGGCAUGCAGUUCAUGGACGUGCCGUCCAGCUACUACCAGCUGCUGCGGGAGAGGCUGAAGGCUGCCAAAAUCAAAGUGAAGGAGAACAUCGACAAGCUGGAGGUGGGUCGGGCCGCAGCUGGGCCGGUUCCCCACGGCGUCUGGCAGGGCCGAGGGCCGCGUGGAGGCACCUCCGUGCUCCUCGGUGAGUCUCGGAGUUCGCUUCCUAUUGCCUUUCUCCAGGAACUGAAAAUCCUGGUGGACUUCGAUGAGAAAGGCUACCUGCUCCAGAUCUUCACCAAACCGGUUCAAGACAGGCCCACGGUCUUUCUGGAGGUCAUCCAGCGGCACAACCACCAGGGCUUCGGCGCCGGGAACUUCAAGUCUCUGUUCGAAGCGAUAGAAAUCGACCAGGACGCACGAGGCAACCUGACGGUCCUGAACCCCAACGGGGAGAGCGAGGGCAUGUAGCGGCAGAGCGUGCCCAGCCUCCGUCACCGGCCCCUAACGAGCUGAUCCCUAACGAGCUGAUUCACAAACGAAAUGGGGACCCGGCCGAUGCUUCAGUAAAUAGCCCGGGGAAGUCGCUGCCAAGCUGGCGACGUGCAAGGACUGAUCCCGACCCAGCCCAGGGACUGCCCUCAGGAGAGGGGACGUGGGAAAUGGUGACAGCGUUUCACGAACCAGCCUAACCCAAUCCAAGCCACCCAAUUCCUGACACAGGACACGUGCCCAAGGUAUGCAGCUCUGGAGGAAGACACAGGAAACAACUGGAGCACUUAAACCCCAUCUACAUGAAGUUUUCCAUUAAUUUUAGCUAUGCGGGAAGCUGAGAGAGGAAAGCAUUCAGGGAUUUGCCUCUCUGCGUGUCUCUUUUUAAUUAUUAUUACUUGUAGGUUCAAUCUUGGAUUUGAAUUUCCUGAGAGUAAACACAUGAUUUUGGGGUAGCUACAGCAUUCUGGAAUGAGAUGAUUGAAUGUACACGUUUCAGCCUUCUUGCCCCUGUACCCCAGUCUUGCUCUAGUACCUGUAAGCUCUUGAAUUAACGAGGGGCUGGGGUUUUCCAGUGCUUCAAGAAGCAAUCGCUGCGUUUGUGGCGAUUGCCUGGCUUGGUCCUGGCUGCAGGUGAGGACUCCCCUUGGGGCAUCACCCUGGGCACCAUCACAGUCCUUUGCAAGGAGGCUUUCCCCACUGACACAAUAAAAUCCGUUUCUGUC